GAACUGUCACGAGCCACGAGCGAAACACUCAGGUCUCUCUUCCAACUGCUUUUGCAUUCAUCUCCAUAUCCGUCUCUUUCUAAUCUUCUCAGCCAAAGGAAGCCAAAAAAUAAGAAACCCUAAAACUCAGCACUGUAACUGUGCACGCAAAUCGGAAAGAAGAAGAAAAUACCAUUGGACUCUUUCUCUUAUUGGAUGGUAAAACCCACUUUUUCUCUUCACCCUUGUCUAUAUCCACAAUGGGAGCAAGCCGCAAGCUGCAAGGCGAGAUUGAUCGCGUUCUGAAGAAGGUACAAGAAGGUGUCGAUGUUUUCGACAGCAUCUGGAACAAGGUUUAUGAUACAGAUAAUGCAAAUCAGAAAGAGAAAUUUGAGGCAGAUUUGAAGAAGGAGAUCAAAAAGCUACAGAGAUACAGGGAUCAGAUAAAAACAUGGAUUCAAUCUAGUGAGAUCAAGGAUAAGAAGGUUAGUGCCUCUUAUGAGCAGGCUUUAGUGGAUGCUCGUAAGCAUAUUGAGCGUGAAAUGGAGAGAUUUAAGAUCUGUGAGAAGGAAACGAAAACAAAGGCAUUUUCAAAGGAAGGACUAGGCCAACAGCCAAAAACUGAUCCAAAGGAGAAGGCAAAAUCAGAGACAAGGGAUUGGUUAAACAAUGUGGUUGGAGAGUUGGAAUCUCAGAUUGAUAGCUUUGAAUCUGAGAUCGAAGGGCUAUCUGUAAAGAAAGGAAAGACGAGGCCGCCUAGACUGACGCAUUUGGAGGCAUCUAUUGUGCGGCACAAGGCUCAUAUAAUGAAGUUAGAAUAUAUCUUGAGGCUACUGGAAAAUGAUGAAUUGAGUCCUGAGCAGGUUAAUGAUGUUAAAGACUUCUUGGAUGACUAUGUGGAACGUAAUCAGGAGGAUUUUGAGGAAUUUAGUGACAUCGAAGAGCUUUAUAGCUCAUUACCAUUAGACAAGGUGGAGUCUCUUGAAGAUCUGGUUACAGUCGGUCCUCCUGGUCUUGUCAAGGGUGCACCAGUUCACAGCUUGAAGACUUCUUUAGCAGCACCAGCAUCUCAAAUGCCUGCUACUACCACUUCUACUCAUGAGCAGGCUACUUCUGUUCAGGAGCAAGCUGAUGAUACAGCCUCACAGGAUGGUAAUUCUGAAAUUGUUGCUAGAACUCCACCUGCCAAAAGUAGUAUGAUUGGUUCUUCUGCUGCAUCAACACCAACCAUGAAUCAUGCAACUCCCGUUUCUGUCUGUGUUCCAUCUCAUACAUUGUCUAGUGUUUCAGCCUCUUCAAUUCUUCCAAGUUCGAUUUCCAUUAGAGGUGUGCUGGAAAAUGCAGCUGCUGCCAUUCCUUCAUCUCCUGCAAUUCUGGGAAAUUCUGUAAAGGAGGAAGAAAUUGCAGGCAUCCCUGGCCGUAGACCUUCACCAGCUUUGUCUGAUACUGGACUAGGAAGGGGCAUUGGUAGAGGUAGCCUCCCUAGUCAGCCUUCAUCUGGUAUCCCUCUUAGUUCUGGUGCAGUUCCUAGCAAUGGAGCACUUGGUGCAGUACCGUCAGCAUCUGACAUUGCAAAAAGAAGUAUUUUAGCAACAGAUGAUAGACUUGGGACUAGUGGAAUGGUCCAACCCUUGACUUCCCCAUUAAGUAAUCGAAUGAUCUUGCCUCAGACUGGCAAGAUUAAUGAUGGAUCUGGUAUGGUUGAUUCUAGUAAUGUUGGUGAAGCUGCUGCAAUAGGUGGAAGAGUUUUUUCUCCUUCUUUGGUCCCUGGCAUGAACUGGAGACCUGGAAGUUCCUUUCAAAAUCAGAAUGAACUGGGACAAUUUCGUGCAAGAACUGAAAUAGCACCUGAUCAGAGGGAGAAAUUUUUGCAACGCCUUCAACAAGUCCAGCAACAAGGUCACAGCACCCUUCUUGGCAUGCCAUCUCUUGCUGGUGGAAAUCAUAAAAAGUUUUCUGCCCAACAAAACCCCUUGUUGCAGCAGUUCAAUUCUCAAAGUUCAUCUGUCUCUUCUCAAUCUAGUCUGGGACUUGGAGUUCAGGCACCAGGUCACAGUGUUGUUACAUCUGCUGCCUUACAGCAGCAAAACUCCAUCCAUCAACAGUCUAGUCAACAAGUUAUGAUAUCAAGUAGUGCAAAAGAUGCAGAUGUUGGCCAUUUGAACGCCGAGGAGCAGCAGCAACCUCAGAAUUUACCUGAUGAUUCAAUUCCUGAAUCUGUUGCUACAUCUGGGCUGAGCAAAAAUCUUGUGAACAAGGAUGAAUUGAAAACUCCAUACGCAAUGGAUACUCCUACAGGAGCAUCUGCUUCUUUGGCAGAGCCUGUCCAAGUGCCAAGAGAUAUUGAUCUCUCGCCUGGGCAACCCAUACAAUCCGGUCAACCUUCUACUGCCCUUGGUGUUAUUGGUCGGAGAAGUGUCUCUGACCUUGGUGCCAUUGGUGAUACUAUCAGUGGAUCUGCUGUGAAUUCUGGGGCUCUGCAUGAUCAGUUAUACAAUUUGCAGAUGCUUGAGGCUGCAUAUCACAAACUUCCUCAACCUAAAGACUCGGAACGUGCUAGGAGCUAUACUCCAAGGCACCCUGCAGCCACACCUCCUAGCUAUCCUCAAGUUCAGGCACCUAUUGUAAAUAAUCCUGGAUUCUGGGAACGACUAACCAUUGAUAAUUAUGGCACUGAUACUUUGUUCUUUGCGUUCUACUACCAACAGAAUACCUAUCAGCAAUAUUUGGCUGCAAGAGAGCUAAAGAAGCAAUCCUGGAGAUACCACAGAAAAUACAACACCUGGUUUCAACGGCAUGAGGAACCCAAAGUUGCAACUGAUGAAUAUGAACUGGGCACUUAUGUUUACUUUGAUUUCCAUAUUGCCAAUGAUGACCUCCAACAUGGAUGGUGUCAAAGAAUCAAGACCGAGUUCACUUUUGAGUAUAACUAUCUUGAAGAUGAACUUAUUGUUUAGGGGAUGCCCCGCACCAUAACAAUCACCCAAAUUUGAUCCAUAGUUCAUACAUCAGGAAUUUUGUGGGUUGAUUUUUUCAGAAGUUUUUAAUUGGAUGUAGUAGUUAAAAUUGUGAUUUAUUCUUGUCAGAGCCCUUGGAAUACUUUGAUCGGUGUGAAAUCUGCUAAAUACAAGAUCAUGCUUGCAGAA